GGAGGGUUGUUGAGAAAAUGGAUCGACUCGUGUCGCUUCCACUUUUGCACACUAGAUGGAGACAAAACCCUUUACAUACGUGUAUAUGUAUAUUAGGUAGUUAUUGUAGAUUUGUUUAUGCAUCUAUGUAUGAAACUCUUAAAAGGGAAUCGUAUAGCAAAUAUUUGGGAAAUGUGUAUUUAAUUUUUCAUAUGAAAAUGUAAUGCUGGAAGGUUGUGUUGUGACAUGGUGAAUUAAUGCAUGCGUGCUUCUGUGCAAACUUUUAGAAACUGACAACUGAGCAAGGACGUUUGGUGGUCAUGGCAGUCCUUCCAAUUUCCUUCCUUUUGAGUACAGGUUUUAUGUUGGAACGUCAUGCACCUCCUUCCUUUGAUGUUUACAUGUCUUCCAUGACAUGGGUGAGUGGUGCCCAGUAGCAUAGUAGUAGAAAAUGCAGUGCAUUUGUUUUGCAUCCAGUAUAGUAAAUUAAGGUGGAGGGAUAUUAUAGGACGGCAGUCAGGUUUAAUGAAAAAAUCAAGCGACAAAAGACAGGCACAAAUGGUUAAUGACCAUUUAAAUUACGAGAGCAGUUCUUCUCUUGGGUAAUUGUGAAGAGUCUAUUCGCCAUUUACUGAUUUAAUGAAUCUGAGAACCGAGUGUGACAACAUGGCGGACAAGCUCUAAGCUCCCUAUCGACAGCUAAGCGGUUUGACAGUUGCUUUUGUCCUUGGGGAAACUUGCAAAAAUAUCAAAUUUGCAAUUAACUUCGCGUUCCAUCAGUUGUAAUGUAUCCAGUUGUAAUCGAAUUGUUACUUUAAAGUCCUGCAGAAAAGUUUAUUUCCUUUCAUGCCAAUGUUCAGUUCAGCUUUUGUUGGCCUCUUUUACAUUUUCAUAGACAUUGACCGUUACUUUCCAUCCAUCCAUGUUUCGACUUAUGUAGAUAAGUUGGCUCGUCAGUCUACAUCUCGGUUUAAAUGCCAGAAUAGGAAAUACAUAAACAAUAUAGUAUAAACUGACAAGACCAAACACGACUUUACGACAAACGAGUACAGUAUGAAUCAGAAACUAUGUUUUCCGCACUCCUCUCGGGAGUGCGCGCAGUGCCGCUACUUAGUCAGUGCGCUUUAUGCACGUGCAUGAUCGUUAACGGCAGGCGCCAUCUUAUUUGCCACCAGCUGCGUUGUUGCAAUUUCACGAAAAUAACGGAAAGUGAUCUAUAGCUAUCUGCAUACAAUACGUUGAAUGGCGAGUUAAUUUGAGUAAUUCCAGUCGUCGAACAGCAAUAAAUUGCUCAUCCCGUAUUUAUCUUGCAUUUUAAUGCAUUGUUUUUCUUGACUCAUCCCUAAUGGCGCCUGGCUCUGCAAAUUCUCCGGUUGCGCCACUCUCCCCUCACAGCUCAGAACCCGCCUACAACCGAUGUCCGAAUGAUGUCAUCAGAAGCCAACCAUUUCUGCAAAAACAGGCCAAUUCAUGCAUCAUUGGCUGAGAGCAAUGUCAAUCUAUCAAAACAAGAACGCCAUUUUACGAAAACGAGAGAACGCUAUAUUUUACCACCGAAUCUCAUCCCAAUCAAACUGCCCGGAAACCAACUAGGCUACUUCUUGAUAACGUCUCCAACUAUUGUUAUAAUUAAAACCCUACACUCUGAAUCAAGUACAAAAAUAUAUAUAUACCGUAUUAUAGCCAACGACUGGUGUACAAUAUCACCUACGUUCGCUAUAAGAUUUCCGAAAAUGAUUGUAGUUGUAGCAGUUAUGAAGGCUCAUCUACUCUGUCAAGACGAUCUGAUACAACCAACAGACGAGAAAUCCCAGCAAACUGCGAGUUCAAUUUCAGUAUUACGCGUGCGCGCGGGGAUGCGGUUUGGCUAGAUAUCAGUGGGGGAGGGGAGGUCGAACUGUAAUUUCAUGUGAACAGGCAAUGACUGUAUAUGUGAACAGGAUUGGAAGAUUCGCAGGAGCCACUGUAUCUUCGCCUUAAUUCGAACGACACGUACACGACAUGUCCAACGGAUUUUUAGAUACAUUGUUGGACGCACCUCUUUAGCUCGAAGAAAAUGUAUCUGUGUGGAUGAAAUACUCUGAAAAUUGGACAUGGAAACGUUUUACUUUACACAUGCAACGAUCCGUUUGCCUUGACCUCAUAAUUGUAGCCUAUACGCAUUGUUGUCACUAUUAUUGAACUAGGCCUACAUGUAACAUGUAUUCAUAAUAGUGCCGUUUUUUUGGAAGACUGGAAUAAUGUAACAGCAAUUAUGAGUAAAAUGUACUUGUUAACAAUAGCACGAUGCUUACAUUUGUAGAUUGUGUUGAUAUUGGUCAGUAUUGCCUGCCACACACCGUGCCUUCAGCUAAAUCAAAGAAAGCAUGGGCUCGUGUGUAAGUGGGUUACAUAAGAUAUUUGUUUCCUCCUACUGCCUUGGGCAGCAGAUUUAGAUGCUAAUUUCGAACUCUGGUAACUAGGGCCUAAUAAUUGCCAUUCAUGAGUUUGUUUUAUUUGUAGCAGAUACAGAAGGUGUGUCAUGGACCUCAGUGACAAUACAAUAUAUUUCUGUUUGUUUUACUAUUUUAAUAAAGUUUCACCUUUUGCAGCAGGAUCAUCUAUAAAAGUGAAAAGAACACUUGAAUCUUUGAGACAUGAGUGGUGGUGAGAUGGCAGACCAUAGAUAUAAAACAUGGUAUGUCUUUGUGCGGGACAUCAUGGUCAUAUGGUUGGCAAAAGCACAUCAGAUUGCUUUGCAGUUAAGAGAAGUGGGAAACAGGAGGGAAAGGGCUGAGAAUUCAACAAGUUCCUCCAGAGGAAGUAAUAAAAGCAACCAGACUUUGUCCUUGGCUGCUAAGAAACUGCAUUGACUACACACACAGUGCUUGACUUGGACUGAAAUACUGUAGGGUGCCAGUACUCAUUUUGGGUACUGUUUAUAUUUAGGUGCAGGAGCUCCACAAUACUUUUGAGCUAAUAUUCUAUAGGAGGUGCAGGAGCUCAAGCAGUAGAUAAUCUGAAGUGCCAGUACGCAGCUCCAGUAAACAUCUGCCCAAGUCAAGCACUGACCACCCUAAUUUUACCCCCUCACACAUCAAAGUGUACAAAUUGUUCUCAGAUGUUGAAAAGAAAAAACACAUACAGGACUAUGUACAUGAGUUUAGUCUAUGCCUUGUAUUGUCUGUCAUGUAUUGUAAUUUUGUGUUGCACCAUGUUGCUUGAUCUUUCAAGCAGUUGAAGGAAAAUGUAAAUGUUUAUGAAAUGUUUUAAUUGACAAUAAAGAGGUAUUAUUCCAUUCAUGGUAAUGGAUUAAUUUUUAAUGAGUUGCUGAACGCAUGAGAAGCUGUACUCCCACAAUCUGAGAUGUUGAUUCUUAUCAAUCCUAUGAAUGUUUACAUUUGUUAUAAAUUAAGUUUGGAGAUCAUAUUGUAUAAAUUAGGAUUAUAAGCAAGGGGAUAUAUAUAUAUUCUAGAACCAACUCGUUGCAACUGAACUCACAUAAAUCCUGCAUAGUGGCAUCAUAGCGGCAAGAUUUGGACUACAGACACAAAACUACAGAACAGGCAGGGCACGGACGCGUGAACGCGCAUGUAGCCAUCUCAUUUCACGGCGCCCCUGUAAUCUUGGGCAUGUGGACCCCGGAGAGUGUAGGGGCGGGGCUCGGGUUAGGGGUUGAUGGGGCUGGAGGAGGCGGAGUCACGGCAGUCCUGCCAGGGCCGCCAUUUUUGCAAAGGGAAAAGAGACAGGGUAGAGGGGAUCUAAUUUCCAACAGUCGGCGUAGGUAGGGCACAAUUUUAACGGUUCGGAACUGUCUGUCAUUAUUGGGUUCCUAUAACUACCAACGAAAAUUAAUUACAGCAGGGGGAGUCUCUCAAGAAGACUGCUAUCAGUGUAAAUAUUUUUAAACCUUAUAGAGCCGCAGUGUGGAGUGAAGUAGCUAUUGUUUUGGUUGUGUAGAGAGCGAGGCUCUAGCGACGGGGGUCUCACCCAGGUCGCUGUUUCUUUAUUCAGGGUAUCUACAGUGGACCUUAACUGCCUUGUGGAUGCACUUAGAUGUCUGCAAUGAGUGCUGUGGCUGGCAUGCCUCAGUGUUUUGGACUCCCAUGCUCUGGACUCAGUAGGACAAGAAUUGAYCAGCAAAGAACGUCAUGAGCAUAGUGAUCCCUGUAGGGGUGGACACAGCAGACACCUCAUACCUGGAAAUGGCUGCAGGCUCAGACAGACCAGAAUCGGUAGAGGCCAGCCCUGUUGUGGUGGAGAAGUCCAGCUACCCGCACCAGAUCUACAGCAUUAGCUCUCACCACUCCCACAGUUACAUUGGGCUGCCCUACGCCGACCACAACUAUGGGGCGCGCCCCCCGCCCACUCCCCCGGCCUCCCCUCCCCCCUCCAUGCUGAUCCGGCCGGGCGAGGGGCUGUUUGUGCCGGGGGGYCUGCAGGACGAGGCUUCCAGGGGCACCACACUCAGCACCUCGGAGGAYGGCAGCUACGGGGCCGACAUCACCCGCUGCAUCUGUGGCUUCACCCACGACGACGGCUACAUGAUCUGCUGCGACAAGUGCAGUGUGUGGCAGCACAUAGACUGCAUGGGGAUCGACAGGCAGCACAUUCCUGAGACGUACCUGUGUGAGCGCUGCCAGCCGCGCAUCCUGGACAGAGACCGKGCCAUCGUGCUGCAGACCCGCAAGAGGGAGAACAUGUCCGGUGAGUGGAGAGAUGGCAUACCGGUAUGUAUCUCUGCAGACGGGGACACCAGUGCCACAGAGAGUGGGGACGAGGUGCCACUAGAGUUGUACACGGCCUUCCAGCACACGCCCACCAGCAUCACACUCACCACCGGCCGCCUGGCGKGCAACAAGCAGGCCGACAAGAAACGCAAGAGGAGCGGAGACAAGGAGCCUGUCGCCACCUCGGCCCGAGCCAAGAAGGCGUUCCGUGAGGGCUCCAGGAAGUCCUCCAGAGUGAAGGGUGGAGCUCCAGAAAUGGAGCCCGGGGAGCACCCGUCUCUGUGGGAGAACAAGAUGAAGGCUUGGAUGGAGGCCUACGAGGAUGCCGGCAGCAACCAGUACAGCGAGGACGUCCAGAUCCUGCUCCGCGUCAAGGAGGCCGGCGACGGCAAGACCCUGGCCUACAACACACACACAGCCACCUUCAAACCGCCCGUGGAGAGCCAGGUUCAGAAGAACAAGAAGAUCCUGAAGGCAGUGAGGGACUUGGCUCCAGAGUCCCUCAUCAUAGAGUACAGGGGCAAGUUCAUGCUGCGACAGCAGUUUGAGGCCAACGGAUGCUUCUUCAAGAGGCCGUACCCCUUUGUGUUGUUCUACUCAAAGUUUGACGGGCUGGAGAUGUGUGUGGACGCCCGCAGCUUUGGCAACGAGGCCCGCUUCAUCCGACGCUCCUGCACCCCCAACUCUGAGGUGCGUCAUGUCAUAGAGGAUGGUAUGCUCCAUUUGUACAUUUACUCUUUGAGGUCCAUCAGCAAAGGCACCGAGAUCACCAUAGGCUUCGACUAUGACUAUGGCUGCUGUAAAUACAAGGUGGAUUGUGCAUGUGUGAGAGGGAACCCAGAGUGCCCGGUGCUGAAGUACAACCUGGAGCCCACAGAGAACCUGGAGGCCAGCAGCCGCCGGCGGGGCCGCAAGGACAAGGAGCCCAUGAUGCAGCGAGGGGACCACCUGGACCUGGGCCAGAAUCAGAACAUGACCCUGGACUGUGACGGCAGGGCCAAGGGCCUGGGGGCCGACGGCAAGCAGAGGAAGCUAUCACCCCUCCGCCUCUCCAUCUCCAACAACCAGGAUCCUACAGAGUUAGAGGGUGUAGAAGACCAGCCUGAUAACUCCGUUAGCAGUGAAGUAGAGAUGGAGUCAGAGGAGACCAUUGCAGAGAGAAAGAGGAAGAUGGCCAGCCCAGCGGAGGAGUCCCAUCUGCAAGGCGUGGGGGCCUCCAGCUGUCUGGGACUGAGUAAACCGGAGACCCGUGAAGAGAGGAAGAUGGAGGCCAUCCUGCAGGCCUUUGCCCGCAUGGAGAAGAGGGAGAAGAGGCGGGAGCAGGCCCUGGAGAAGAUCGGCACCAAAUCAGAGGGGGGCAUCAAGGAGGAGCCCCCUGCCACCCCCGAGGCCGACAUGCAGUCUCCUGGUAUCAUGACGCCCCUGCUAGAGGUGAAGGAGGAGCCGGGUCUCAACAAGCCCACGCCGGCCAAGCUGCGAGGCAGCAAGCAGAGGAAGAGCUUCUCGCGGAGCCGCACCCACAUUGGGCAGCAGCGGCGGCGAGCGCGCACCAUCAGCACCUGCUCUGACAUACCUCCCGGCUCGCCCGGGGAACUCCUGGACCCCCUGGCCAAUGACGGCCCAGCCGUAGAGGCCUCCAGGACCCCGAACCAGAGGCCCUCUCCUCCCAUGCCCCCGACACCAGCCCCCCUUACAGUGGCUCCCCGGCCCUGACAGAAACCGCUCCGGGCAGAAGUACCCCAAAACUAAAAAGCACUUGGUGAGUGAGUGGUGCGUCGACAAGCAGGAGCGAUCAUUGCGGACCCCAGAGCCGCCCCCGGAGAGGCCCCUGAGGAUCAGC